AUAACACCAAAAAGCACCACACUCUAGCAGGCAGACCACUCGCCUAUCAUAGUGUCAGGUGAGACAUUCAGCUCCCUCGCUGUCAGGGGGAGGUGGAGAGUGUGUGAAUGGCAUCAAUAGAUGCUGAACGUUACUGCUAAUGUCAGUGUUCAGCAAGCCAGCAUGCUUCUAUGAAUGAAAGGUAAAAGAGUUGACACAGUGUCCAAGCAGUGAUCUCAAGGAAAGUGUCAGAGUGCAUGCUUACCGUGAGCAGCACAUCAAGGAGAGCCAUACCGAAACAGUCCGUCGCUCCCCGGCCACGGCCUGGAGAGGAUGGAGUCGGCGUUCUCGCGGAUCAGGCAGGAGUCAGAGGGGGAGUCCGAGGAGCCUUCCCACCGAGGCCUCAGCCUACGCCGCAAACGAGAGUUCACCCCAGAAGAGAAGAAGGACGCCUCGUAUUGGGAAAAGCGCCGCAAGAACAACGAGGCGGCCAAGCGCUCGCGGGAGAAGCGGCGGGUGAACGACUACAUGCUGGAGACACGGCUGGUGGCCCUGUGCGAGGAGAACGCAGCUCUACGAGCUGAGCUCUUGAGCCUGAAGCUCCGCUACGGUCUCCUUGGCACUAAUCCUCCUUACGCAGCCCACCAGAGGUGCUUCCUACAAAUACCUCCCUAUGCCCCAUACACAGCAAGCCCUCACCUAGACAGAGAGCGCUACUGGGAAAAAAGGGUUCAGGAACCUCCCCAGCUGCCUGGAUGCCAGCGACCACCAGUGACCAUACCCACGCACCCUUCCUCAGGGUUCAUACCCACACACUCCUUCCCCAUCAGCAGGGGCUGCGCUUACCCUCUGGAUGCCCAAGGCCUCCUGUCCUCCUCGAAUGCAUCCAUGCUCCCAGGCCCAGUCUUCUCACCACUGGCCACCUCCCACCUGGAUCUCCCACGGCUGAGGUCCAGGGAUCACAGGCCUGCAUCAGAUGAGGAGGGUGAGCAACAGGUUCCAGCCAAUGGCAGUGCCUCCCUGCCUCACAAGCUAAGGCUGAAGAACCCCAAAGCAGCAGAGAACAAACAUAGCAGAACCACAGCCAUGUCCCCACAGCCCAUAUGUGUAUCUGACUAAUACUAGAGUGAUCAGAAUGGUGACAAGGGGCUGUAUGAUUGUUAAACCUUUCAAACAUUGUG